GAGAAUUGUCGAUGUUGGUGUCGUUGGUGAAUUGCAUAUGCGACAGAUUGGUCUGGUGUUGUUGGAAUUUUUAGUCAUUAUGGGUUUCGACACCAUUAACCACUCGCAUCCAAAAACGUGCGGUCAGGGAAGCCGUUGCUGCCGCGUCUGCUCCAACAGACACGGUCUGAUUAGGAAAUAUGGCCUCAACAUGUGCCGUCAAUGCUUCCGGCAAUAUUGUUAUCAGAUUGGCUUUAAAAAGCUCGAUUAA